GGUGCAUUAUGGGAGUUGUAGUUUUUGAGCGCGCUCUCCCCCGCUAUCCGCCGCUCCCCGCGCGCCCCCGCAGACUACAGCAGCGCGAGCGGAGCGCGCGGAGCGGAGCGGGGCUGACUGACAUCACGGCGGCUGGCACUCCGCGCGCACAGAGCUGGAGUUACGAGGUGUUGUUGUUGGGAGUUCGGGAUGCAGGGCGAGUCCGGGAUCGUGGCGGAUUAUGAGGAGGAGCUUCCCCCAGAACCCAAAACCUACUACCAGCUGAAGAGCCAGCCAAUCAGCAGCAGUAGUCCGGUUGAUCAUGGGGCGAGUCGGUCGGCGGUGGGUUCGAGGACAUUGCUUAGGCAGCAGUUGAUGCGGGAGCAGUUGGAGGAGGAGGAGCGGAGGGAGGAGCAACAGCGCCGGCAGGACCCGCCCUACGCCCACCAAGUCCCCGCCCACAGCGCUGCCAUCAACGUCAACACCAUGCCCACUGCCACACACGUGCCCAUGGAGGUGCUGAGGGUAAAGACUCAUCUAGAGAAUCCAACUAAGUAUCAUAUUCAGGAGUCUCAGCGGCAGCAGGUGAAGGCGUACCUGUGCACUACGCUGGGAGGGGGCGUGGCCUCUCAGGUGGUGAGUUUGCCGUGUGCAGGUCAGGCCUCUGAUCCCGGGGUGAUGCCUCCGGGCAACAGCGCCCCCAACAGCCCCAUGGCCUUACUGACCCUCAACCCCCACUGCGAGAAAGAGAUGGAUGAAGUCAUCGAUGACAUCAUCAGUUUGGAAUCGAGUUACAGUGAGGACAUGCUCGGACUGUCUCUGGAUCCUGGACUUCAGAUGAACAACACGAUUCCAGUUUCCCCAAACCUGCUGGAUCUGUACAGUAACGCGGGUAUAGCGCCCCCUGGCCUCUCCACCAGCACCUCCUGCCCCGCCAACCUGCCCAACAUCAAAAGGGAAUUUUCCAUUACUCCGUUGCCGGGGGUGAUGCAUGUGAUGGAGAAGCCGGGAUCGUGUGGGAAGUUUGAGAAUUAUCAAAGGUCUGAGGGGUUUCCUGUAGAGGCUGAAGUUCGAGCUCUCGCUAAAGAACGACAAAAGAAGGACAACCAUAACCUGAUUGAAAGGCGACGGAGAUUCAACAUCAACGACCGAAUCAAAGAACUCGGAACCCUGAUCCCCAAAUCAAACGACCCGGAUAUGCGCUGGAAUAAGGGAACUAUACUGAAGGCGUCGGUUGAUUAUAUCAGGAAACUGCAGAGAGAUCAGCAGCACCACCGAGACCUGGAGAACCGCCAGAGAAAACUGGAGCACGCCAACCGCCACCUGCUGCUCAGAAUACAGGAGCUGGAAAUGCAGGCCCGGGCUCACGGAUUGGCCAUAGCCUCGUCCAAUCUCUGCAGUCCGGAACUCUCCGCCCGUCCCGUUAAACAGGAGCCGACACGGGGGGACUGCUCUCAGGACACGUACCUCCCCCCGCACCCCCACCAGUGCCCCCUGCAGGCCGACGAGGUACCUGCCCGUUCCACCGACAGCACCGCCACCGCCGACCCAGCCUCCUACAGAGCCGUCGCCACGGCAACCGCCACCAAGCUGGACAACAUGCUGAUGGAUGCUGAGGCGCUGUCGCCCGCGGCAACCGGCGACCCCCUGACAUUCCCCGCAUCUCCGGGGGCGUCCCAGGACAGCAGCCGCAAGAGCAGCGUUAGCAUGGAGGAGUCCGAGCACGACUGUUAGCGCUCCCGUCUAACUCCGCCCACAACCCAGAAACCCCGCCCCGACCUGCCAAAUAUAGCACCAUGUGACUCCGCCCCCCUCAGAUCUCCUUAUAUUUUAUAUUUAACCUCUGCAGACCCGAGUGAAGGUCAGUAACCUUUACAGACUCCGCCCACUUUAAUCUGCAUAAAUAUUAAUAACAGUAAAAUCUGGGGUUCUUAACCUUUAUCACUUUAUAGGGUUUAAAUAAUUACGCUCUUCUUCACUGUUUAUCACAUGAAUAUUAAUCAGCGCAAAAAACACAAACUUUAAUUUUAAAUUUACAAAGAAAACAACAAUCUAUAAUUUUAAUUUUAGGUUUAUUUUAGCAGAAAUAGAUGAUAUAUCAACAAAAACACACAUUAAAUAAAUGUUUUAAUUUAAUUUGUAUUUGAUUAGGUGACAUUUUAUUUGGUCAGGCGUUUCUUGUUGUUGGUCUCCAGGAUCUCAGGGGUGAUUUUAUCUUCACUUCUACAGAAAAUCUUCAGAUCCUGAAGGUUUUAAUGUUGCUGAGAACUCAAAGUUUGAGCUCCUUUUCAGAUUUUAUAUAUGAUCAAGAUCUGGAGGUUCAGCCUCUCCAGAAUCUGAAUGUGCUUCUCCUUUAUUGGUCGUAUAUUUUUGGGUCAUUGUCAUGCUGAAAGACCCGUUCACGCCUCCAUAACAAAGCAAGAUUGAAAUACAUAUUUAUAUACCCAUAUAUUUAAACAUUGGUUUGACAUCACAAGGCCCGAUUUUAAUAAAGUUACUUACUAAUCAUAUUACUAUUUUUUCAUGCGAUUCCUAAACUGCCGCUCGAGCGCAACGGUAAAAUCCCAACCAACUCUGAAUCUUUUUUAGUUUAGUCAGUUGCUAAGCAACAGCUCACCAGUUUGCCAGUUUUGGUUGCUCAGACUAGAAGAGAGUUAUUGUAAUUCAGUAUAUUUAGCAUGUAGUUAAAUUUAUUAAAAUUUAUAAAAUUCAGUAAAGAUGGUGAUUACAGUUUGGUGUUUAUCAUUGUCCCUCAUCACCCCCCCCCCCCCCCCACAGGGGGCGGAGUCAGGACCCCCGGGUUAAUAACCCCUGAUAUAAAGCAAUUAUUAUAAAAUGAUUAACAUCAGACGUACAGCAUGUACAGAAGUGUGAUAUAAUAUGAAUUAGAAUUAGUAUUAGAGUUACGGGGGUUUGAGUUAAAGUAGUUUUAUUAAUCUGAGUUUAAUUAAGUUAUAAAUCAGACUGGUUUGUGUCGUUUGCUGUGAAUCUGUUAGAUCUGACUCUGACACUCAGUAUUUAUGAUGAGAUAUAAAUAUUUGUAGUAUUUCGGUGGAAAAGCUGCAGAAAUAUCAGUUAUUUUAUUUUAGAUUCAUCCGGCAGAUUUUUACCAUUGUGUGGAGAAUAUGCCCCACUUCACUUUAAUAUUAAAGGAGAAAUUAUUCUGAGUUAGCACUUUUAGCAUAGCAAUGCUAAUCCUAUUUUAUCUGUAGAGUAAAAUCGAUUUUCCUUUUAUUUGCUUUUAUUUUUAUGAAUUGUAAAUACUUUUAAAGUUUUUCUUUGUUUAUAUUGUUAGAUCUGAUGUAAAAUUUCCAAGUUUUAAAGAUUUGAAACGACAAAUUCUGAUAUUUCUGUGAAUUCUAACCCUCUUUGUGGAUACGGGGAUUAUGGGGGAUAUUAGAUGCUUUUAUUGUGUUGAAUUAUGACUGUAUGAUAUAUAAAUUAUAAGCUGUGUUGUUACUGUAUAUUUACACUGUUAUUAAUGUAAAAUGUAGCAGAAGUUAAUAAGCCUUUAAUAACCGGUGCGUUUCUGCAUCUAUGCAACCAAUCAGAUUUAAGUUCAGACACUUAGUAGCUAAUCUGUGCACUGGAAACCUGCUGCAUUACAUUUCCUGCAUCUUAAUCUGUGGAACCGGUUUAAUGUAUUUAAACCGGUUCCAGUAAAACAGGCUUUUGAUCAUCUCCUCGUCUUCGCCCACCAAUUUCCCACCAAUCCCAAAAUGAUUCCCCUAGCCAAAACACCAGCCAGCCUAACGUACAGCUUCCAAACAUGGUGGAGGUAGUUUUAUCUACAGCUCACAGUGAGAUCUAACCAAGAUAAAGUACAGAUAUUCAUUUUUUAUACAAUAUUGUGUAAUAUAUGCUAAAUAUGACUUAUUUCAUUAAUAUGCUUUAAAAUGUGCAGGUAUAUAAAUCACUACUGACCCCCUGAUGAUCAAAUCCUCACAGCAAAGUUCUGAAGUAGAGUCUAAUACUCUUUAUUACAGCAAACAACACUGGAUAAGGUGUCCAAAUACUUUUGGACGGGUAAUGCAGUAAAUACAAUGCAGCACAACAAUUAAACCAUUCCAGAGUUUAACCACAGAGCCUUAAACCAUAACCUCAAUCCUUAAUCCGUAUUUAUCAAUCAUAAUCCUCAAUCUUUAAACCUCAAUAAGUAAACCUUAAUCAUCAAUUCUUAAUCCUCAAUCUUUAAACCUCAAUCAAUAAGUACACCUUAAUUAUCAAUUCUUAAUCCUCAAUCAUCCACCCUUAAUCACCAAUUCUUAGUAUUUAAACCUUAAUCCUUAAUGCUCAACCAUUCAUCUUUAAUCCUCAAUCAUCAGUCAGUAAUCCUUAAUCAUUAAACCUUAAUCAUCAAUCAUCAUUUGUUAAUCCUUAAACCUUGACUAUCAAUCCUUAAUCUUCAGGUCUUAAUCCUCAAACUUUAAACCUCAAUUCUUAAUCCCUUAAAAAUGAAUCAUACUAGAUACGAGACUCAAUCUCUAGUUAUGAGAGAACCGAACCACGGCGUCCGAGUUUCCUGCAGUCAUCAGACCGUGUUAGAGACAUAGUGGGCGUGGUCUUAAGUGGGCGUGGUCUUAAGUGGGCGUGGUAUCAAGCCGUUUCUGACUGAAUGUUUUAGCAAUAAUUUGAUCAGAUGCUGAUCAGAUCUCGAGGUGCACAAAUCAUACAAAUCUUAAAUUUUUAAUAAUAAUAAUAAUAAUAAUAAUAAUAAUAAUAAUAAUAAUAAUAAUAAUAAUGAUAAUAAUAAUAAUAUCUGAAUGAAGGAUUGCAGGGUUUAACGAAAACGUCUCACUCUUUAAAUAACCACUACAUCAUUUUUCACGCUCUGUUCUGAUUGGUGGAUUUAUUCUAAUUAAACUGUAACUUUAAGCUCAAUCACGAAUGUUAUGGAUCAGCUGAUUCAUACCGGUUGGGUUCUGUUACGGGUUCUCUUGGUCUUCCUCACACUGCCUGUAUGAAAUCCGGAGAUUGUAUUUUGCAUUUUUAACUCUUUGAUGUCAGUCUGUGUUUAUGGUGGUGAAGAGCGCCGCCUGCAGGUUUACGGCCGAUACGUGUUUUUGGUUUUGAACUUUUUUUAGUGAAGGUUUUAAAUUGUUCUGAAUAUUAAAGUAUCUGGAAUGAUUUUCA